AGCAGAGCAGAGCUGUUCGUAUUGAACAUAACCUAGUGAAGUGUUGUGCCGUGUUCCGUGCCUGUGCUGUGUGUGUUGUGAAGUGGAAUACCGUUUUUGUUAUUUUGUUUCUGUGAUUUCGGUGUCCACUGGUUGUGCUAAAGGAUAUACGUGCCCGUUAUUUUGGAUUAUCACGUGUUUUUCUGUUGAUGGAGCAGCGCACAUUUCGCACACGGAGGAGAUAAGAUGGUCGUGGGGGGUGGGCCGGGGUCUGCGCGGCCCGCAGCUACCACCUCUGCUCCCUCAUGGCUGGACCAAUGAGAGAUACCUCGCUGGACACCAGCCACCGGACCAAGGUGGCAGACCCGCGGGCGGGGACGGCGGCCAAGGCAGAGACCAACUUCGAGUACGAUGACAAUGAAUGGGAUAUCGGCAUCGGAGACCUCAUCAUAGACUUGGAUGCCGACAUAGAGAAGACGGACGAGAAGAGCAACAGCGGAGCAGCAGGAGCCAUGGCGUCGUCGGCCCCUGCACCAAACAAGGGCAAGUUAUCAAUAGAGCACUCGGCCACAGUGGACAAAGGGCUCAAGAUGAAAAUAAAGAGGACCAAGCCGGGCACCAAGAGUUCCGAGGUGAAGCACGAAAUAGUGAAAAGUGGCGAACAACAGAACGGAAACAGUGUAAGUGUCGGUGAGAAACAUGGUAACGGAAGUGUGAACAGUGCGGGUGUGAACGCGGGAGUAAAGCGGGGCUCUAGCGGCCACCGCAGGGACAAAGCGAGGGAGAAACACGAGGUGAACGGUGUAGUGAGACCGAACGUGCAGAGAGUGGUGUUCCCAGUGACAGUGUCAGGGCCCGGACCCCCGCCUAGUGACCCACCUCCUGUACCUUCCCCUGCCCCUGCGACACCACCUACACCUCAGGCUCCGCCUGCACUACCCCCGCCACCUACAUUGGAGGAGCCUAAGGUGCCCCAGUCAGCUGCACCACCACCACCUCCUGCACCUCCACCUGCACCUGCCCCAGCACCGGCACCGGCAUCUCCACCGGCGGUUCCUGCCAAGAAGCCCAAGCCCAGUCCUGCACCCUCGGAUAUCAGCAAGGAGACGGUAGACGUGUGCGUGGGGACCAGUGUUGCCACCAUUACAGAACCAGACUGUUUGGGACCUUGCGAGCCUGGCACCAGCGUGACACUGGAGGGCAUCGUGUGGCAUGAGACUGAAGGAGUAUUGGUAGUGAAUGUUACGUGGAGAGGCAAGACUUACGUUGGGACUCUGUUAGAUUGUACAAGGCACGACUGGGCGCCCCCCAGGUUCUGUGAUUCUCCCACAAGCGACUUGGAUGCAAGAACGCCAAAAGGGAGAGGGAAAAGAGGCCGACAAGCAACUGGAGCUACAAACAACAACGACCUCAGUAACUUUACAGAAACUCGGUCGUCAGUCCACAGCAAACUGCGAAGUAACAACAACGGUGGAGCUAAGGGACGUAGAAAUCCCAGUGGUCCAGGGUCGCCUACUCCGUUUGCGCCUCCCAAAACUGACACAACACCAGGAAAGAGAAAACCCAAAGCACCCGAGGAGGAGGCACCUGCGAAAAAGAGUAAACCUCCCCCGACACCAACACCUACACCUACACCUACACCUCCUUCUUCAUCAUCCUCUAGUCCUCCCCCAUCUCCAGUACUGCUGGAGUGUCCAGAACCAAACUGUUCCAAGAAGUACAAACACAUCAAUGGACUCAAGUACCAUCAGAGUCAUGCACACGGAAAUGCAGAUGAUGAAGAGACCAAGGAAUCUACUGGGAGUAUGUCAGAGGCUGAAGAGGCUCCUAGUCCGGCACCGGUUCUUAUCAAGAAAGAGGAGAACUCUCCAGCCGAAGUAUUGGCUCCUAAGACUCCCACACCGACUCCGAUGGAAGUUCCUGAACCUUCCCCUUUGCAACCACCCUCUACACCAACACCGACCCCAGAGAUUGAACCUCCACCUACACCGACGAGCCCAGAGAAAUCGGUUAUCAAACCGGGAGUAUUGAGGUUUGGAACUCAAGAAGAAGCUUUGUUGACGAUUCCUACAGUGCCAGCACCGAUAACAAGGCCAGUUCAAACCAAUAACAUUCAGCCGACAUCGCCGAGACAACCGUCACCAGCGCCGACUGUCCAAGCACCCAUCCAACUUGUGAUCAACCCUCAGACCCAGACUCCAGGUGUCACAUCUCAUGUCGUCCAAAUAGCCCAGACCCUGGCUCAACAAAAUACUAAAGUACCCCAGUUUAAAGUAAAGCCCACAUCAGUCUUGAUGCCUGAUGGGAAGAAAGCUGACAAACCUGUUAACCAUAAGAAAAAGAGCAGAAAGUCACCGGCUGGAAGUCCGCAUCCGCAUCCUAUUUUAGAUCCUCAACCUCUCGGGCUUGAGACUGGAGGAAGAGAAGAUGUGCAGAGUCCUGCGUAUUCAGAUAUUUCAGAUGACGGAGCUCCGGUAUUAGAAUCACAGGUAGAUGGUUCUAAGAACAAACCUACAACAGGAGACAAGAAAGUGGAAGUGAAUCCUGGCCAGUCACCUCACUCGAUCCAGCAUUACAACAUGUAUCCUUACUACGGACAACCUCCUUACUUGGUUCCGUCAGUGACAACAGAAAAUAAACCUAAGGAAAAUACCAAUGACAAGAGUUUGGAAGCUAAGCCGGGAUUGGAAAAAGAAAAGAAAGAAGGAGGUGCCGUUGGUGGAGAGUUUCAACAGAAAAUGUUACCUCAGCAUUACUACUCCUAUCCAUAUGUGCCUGGAUAUCCUUACAACAUAGAUCCAAGUUACACAGUACCGAUAGUCCCGGAAGAGAAAGCACCAGUAAUAAAAGAAGAAAAAAGCCCUGGACCUAGUGAAAAUGUUAAACAAAACCUUCCACCUGUUUCAACAACACUGCAUGUACCGAACCCGAAUAAAAUAAAAACUGAACCUGGAACCAAAGAAAAACACGCUAAUGAAAAUCAUCAAAUUCUAAAAGAAAGUAUUGAGAUGAAAAAUCAAAUGACUCCUUCCUAUUUGUAUUCCCGACCUCAACAACAAGGCCAGGCGGUUCAACAGGAGGAAAUGAGAAGGUAUUACAUCUACUCUCAGGACAGAAGAAAAGAACAUCCAGGGCAAACUGAAAAUCCUCAGUUAAAAGCAACGCCUCCGCCCCAACCAAAACAAUCUGUACCGGUGCCGAGUCCUAAACACAAGGAGAAACUUCCAGAAGAGAAAAAGGAAGAGAAAGUGAAGCAGGAAGGUGUAAAACCUACGAUGGAGACUCAAGGCCCCCCACCUCCUCCUACCUCAUCCUACGCUUACAUCCACCCAGGUUACAUGCAAUCACCUCACUACGGGCCGAUACCAUUUGACCCGGCGAGCCACUCGAUGUACGCUCGUGGCAUCAACCCAAUGAUAGUGCCCAGUCCUUACUCCAACAAUCCUUACAUGCAUCCUCAGCUUCACCCGCCUAUGCCGAGGUAUCAUGCACCGGAAGAUCUCUCUAGGACUCCGCCUGGCAGCACUAAAGCUCUAGACCUAUUGCAGCACCACGCUAGCUACUAUACUUCUCACAAAAUUCACGAACUACAAGAAAGAGCUUUGAAAUCGCCAACGCCGAAAGCCACUGCUGCUAGCGCGUCUCCGUCAGCGGAGAGGCAAAACGUAGCGGUUCCUGGACCUCAAGGGACUCCCACCUCAACUAGUCAGCCGCAGCCAACGCCUUUGUCCUCCGGGAAGUCUUCGUCGGAGCGGGAACGUGACGGGAAGGACAGUCGAUCGCCCCCUCCACAGAGACACGUCCACACGCACCACCACACACACGUAGGAUUGGGCUACCCUAUUCUGACUGGCCAGUACCCGGCCCCGUAUGGAGCUGCCGUGCUCGCGUCUCAACAAGCGGCAGCAGUAGCAGCGACGGUCAUCCCACCGUUCUCACCCAAGUGAUCAAACAUUCCAACGCUUGUAUGUAUAUAGUGUAUAAACUAUCUUAUCAUUUACGUAUUAUUUUCAAACCCUCUAGAGUGUAUAGACGGAAUCCGAUAUAGAUGUCAAGCGAGUUACUAACGACUGUCGCGCUUUCCAGUUUUAGUGGGACGCGGGACUCAGCUGUGUCAAUGUACCUUAAGCUUAUAGCGAGGACAGACCUCAAAACAAAAUUAUCAAAUAUCUAAUCUACUAUUGUAACGCUAUUUUCAACUAUUCGAUGUACGUAUAGAAAAGUUAUUCUUGUUAUAGAUUUGGAUAUUCGAUCGAGCUGGUCGUAUCGCAAAAUUACUGUAUUUUCAAUACGCAAAAAUGUAAUAACGGUUUGAAUGUAUGGUGGUUAAGGCUUAAGACCAAAUUGUACAGAAGAAAUUUCAAAUUAAAAUUAUUAUUUCUUGGGAA